AGGGUCCGCAUUGCCUUGUACUUUGUGGGUAUACCAGAAGGGAGGUCACCUUCAAAAGGAAAACUAUCUUGCGUGCGAGAGAGAAUUUCUGAAUGGCUUUUACUUUUCCCCCGCCAGCACAUGUUGUUCCCCUGAGGUUAUCAAGAGCAGGUCCUCCCUGUCCUCGCCGAUCAUCUUCUUCUUUUUCUGCCUUUCCAACACCACCAAUACCGUCUCGUAUGGAGCAACAGAUGAUGUCGACAAAAGCGUCGAAACUUAUGGAGUUCCCGCACCUAUUAGCCCCACACAGAGACACCAUGCUCGGCCUCAUCUCGGCCAUAGAGAAUCGCCUCGGCAACCAUCUUCUUCCUUCUUCGGUCCCCUCCGAUGUCGAAUACUACCAGAAUGAAAGUGGUACUUCUCAGGGCACUCUUUCAAUUAGAUGCGGCGUCGACACCUCUCCUAUUGAUUUCAUAUUGGCAAGUUGGCUACACUUGGAGCAAGGUGGUGGUGCCAUGGAGAUAACCAACAUCGCUGGCUACCUCAAAUCAUCAACAGACAUUCCCCACUUCCAAUUCGAACUUGUGCAAUGCAGCCCCACCUUUCUCAUCCUCUUCCUCGACUUAAUCCCUCGCAAGGACACCGUCCUUCAUCCCGACUACCUCAAAACCUUCUACGAAGACACCCAACUCGAAGCAUGUAGGCAACGACUGGCUCGACUCCCCGAAGUGCAACCCUACUUCUCGUCGUCCCUCUACUUCCGCCGUGUCGUAUCGUCUACUGGAAUCUUGGUUGGGAUAAAAUGCGAGGAUGGUGGAACCGGAACAGGAACAGAACGUGUGGAAGAAAUCAUAGGGGAACAUAUCGGUCCCAUAGCGAACGAGGUUAUGCGAAUUUGGUUGGAUAUGUGUGUUGAUGGUGGGGUUAGAGAGGUUUCGGAGAUAGAACAGAGAGCAGAAUUGGAAAAGAGGGACAAGCUGAUAAAGAGAAAGGCGAUAGAGAUGGACUUGAGCUCUAGCAUGCCGAAGCAGUUCGGGCAUGAAGUGGCAGACCGAGUCUUGCGAGUUAUAAAAAGUGCCUACAAUAUUACAUGAUCGAUCGAUGAUAUUUGUUUUGAGGGUCUCAGCUCAGCUGUGUAAUUGAUUUCUCAUCGCACCAAAUUUAUAAAUUAUAAAUAAGUAGAUGAGAUGCUUUAAUUUGGCUGUA